AUGAAACUGGAAAAAACAGCUGACUUCCAAGAGCCACAGACGCGCACAUUUACAUAUGUCCUAAAACACCCGGGUGGAGCCGAGCAAAAAAUAAGCUUUGACGUCCAAAUUCCUCCUGACGAGUUUCAGGAUAUCGAUGAAUAUAUUGCUCACAUUAUUGCUUCCAAUCAUGUUUCAAGGCCUUUCCAAGAAGGUUCUCUUUCAGCUUACAAUGUAGCAAAGGCCUUUCGUGAGUUCAUUGACUGCGAGAUUGAAAGUUACGAAGACAGAAUUGGAGAUUGUUUGGUAGAGGAAGCGUUAAAAAACUCUGAGAAGAGUGAUGACGUUGUUAAUUGGGUACGAAUACUUACCCCUAACUGUUUCGCACAAAGUGAAAGUGCAUCCACUAGCUUUUGCGAAAAGUUCCAAUUCGUUAUGCGGAAUUCAUCUCACGAACGGAUUGAGAUGAUUAUCUCAAUGGAAAAGAAGAUGUCUGCGGAGGUUAGAACUCCUCGCGAUUUCGAAAUGGAGAUGAUUGCACGAGAAUGCGAAAAUGCAGCAAGUAGUUCGAGUAAAGAGGGUGUUGCAGACGAAGAGCAUCUACGACGGUUGAACGAUCGAAUAAGAGAUGUAAGUGAUAACUAUGGGCGGCAAAUUAAUGCUUUGGCUGAUCGGCAUCGUUACGAGUAUAGAAAGCUUAUUUCAAGCUUGUUUGAUCAUGACGAGUUCCCUCCAGAUGUUUUUAGUAAUUUUUCAGAUACAACUACUGUGGUUAAAAAAUCGGCAUCUGCAGUGGCUGAUCUGAAUAGCGCGAAACACUCAGCUAGUAACCGAUUUGAAGAAAGCUUUACUAUCUACCUUGGGGCUCAGUUGAAAACUAUGCAUAAUAUUCGCCUUCUAACAGCUCGGCGUCUGAGUGAUCUCUGUCGUGUUGUUGAGGUCCUCGAAACUAAUGCUUUGGAUUCUAGACGUUUGCACAUGAAUUUAUCAUUAUAUCGGCGUGGUUUAAAUGGGUUGCUUAUGCUUGUCGAUCGAAAUCCUUAUUACCACAUUCAUAAUAGGACUGGUUUUGCUCGAAUAUGCGAGCAGUCAACAGAGCUUCAUUUUGACUCUUUACAAAAGCAGCUAGAAGACAUUAGUCGCUCGGGUCAUGGAUUUGAAGUAGAAGAAGCUAAUAUGCAGCGCUUUAAAGAUGUUGAUUUUGAAGCUUUUGGCGAAUACACUUUGCAAGUUGGAGAUGUUUAUAUAACGAGACAUUCCAGUCUGGCUUCUGUCCAGGUCAUUUUUCAUUUGGUCGUUGAUGACAAUUUGGAAACUGAGGAUAUUUCAAGCAGACAUCCUUGUAUUAACGGCUUGAAAAACAUUAUAAGACUAUCAUCGAAGUUUGGAAUUACGACGUUUGGUAUACCACUUCUUCUUGUCGAGAAGACUUCAGAAAAAAUGACUGUUGCGUGGUGUUUGAAGCGUGCAGAGCUAAUAUUCAAGUGUGUUAAAGGAUUUAUGAUGGAAGUUUGUGCCGGGAAUUCGAUAGCUGGUGGUGGUCCACCUGCAGCUGCGGUGCACUAUAAUGUUAAUUUCAUUUUACCCGAUGACAUAGCUGAAAAUGUGUACACUCAAAUUACUGAAAUGUUUCCCAAUAUAUUUCACCUUGUUCCAUCAGUGACCGUUUAG